CUUUUCCUUAUUCUCAUGAUCAAUUAGUGAUCGUGAACUUCUUCGAAAGAAGGGCCUAAACCUUUACACUGAAGUUUCAUGGCUCCUGCUACCUCCUUCCUCGAAGCCAUUUCAAACCAUGAAUUCAUCGAACUCUUUUGCCUUUUACUCCAUUGUCAUUUGAUCCAUUCAAUCACAUUCCUCUCUUUCUCUCUAAGAAAACCGGAUCUUCCUGAAAGAAUGGCGGAGAGAGGUAUGGAGUUUGAGGAUUUCUUGCCUGUAAUGGCAGAAAAAAUGGGAGAAGAGGAGUUCAUGGUGGAGCUGUGCAAAGGAUUCCAGGUUCUUAUGGACAAAAGCAAGGGUCUCAUUACAUUUAAGAGCUUGAAGAGGAAUUCUGGUAUUUUAGGAUUGCAAGGUUUGAGCGAUGAGGAGGUGAUGGAGAUGGUGAGAGAAGGUGAUUUGGAUAGAGAUGGUGGGCUUAAUCAAAUGGAGUUUUGCAUACUCAUGUUCAGAUUAAGCCCUGCUCUCAUGGAAGGGGGCCAGAAAUGGCUUGGUGAAGCACUAGUUCAAGAGCUGCACGAGAUUGUAGAUUAUUAGGUUUUUUUAUUGUGUAAUUAAUACAGUUGGGUUUCUUCUUGAAGUCCCUCUCUCUCUAAAAAAUACGUCUUGCCUCUAAUAUUGGAUAAUCAAUCCCAGAUAAAGUUGAGGUUUUUUAGUAGUUUUAAUCGUCUCUCUCGGUUUAUUUUUCACUGAGGUUUGAUCCGAAAAUUAGUGAAUCCGAUAAUUUUUAGAGAGAGAAAGGGGAAUUGCUAUCAAACCCUAUAAUAUUUCAGCUUGAUCUAGCUUCUCUGUAUAUGGUGUAUUUUUUUUAUAUGUAUUUAAGUAGGUUUGAUAUGGUGUAUUUUUUUUA